CAUUAGCCGUAAAUUCCCGUCUUUGUUUACUACGCGUCCGGCGCUCGUAGUAUCGUCCUCGUCCUCGUGGCCGAGAAGAAGGGAAAACAGCCGAACCGACUCGACUCUCUUCUCUUCUCUUCUAUCAAUCAUCCUCCUCAGUACGCAUGCGUCGGCGUCGGUGAUCGCAUGUCAUGGCGUCUGCCUCUGACAGACCGCAUGUCGUGUUAUGUGUUCAAAUUUACGAAAUUUAGUUGUAAAUCGUUAGUUGUAAGUGUCGAUGUCGAAUAUUGAAUUGAAUCGGUAGUGAACGAGGCCCAUACGAUUUGGUGCCCGUUUAUUAAUUAUAAGUGAAGUGUAAAAUGGCAAAUAAACCAAAGUGCUCAUCUUCGUCGAACAAAAAUGCAGAACUCUGCGAAGAUUCGUCCGAGAGCGAGAAUGAAACGGAACCGGCUAAAACGUUUUAUAGGAGACUUUCGACUAAUAAGGACAUUAAAAACACUGCCGCAACCAGAGAGGGAUUUCUCAUGAAGCAGACCUGGUCCUUGCAACGAUGGAGAAGGCGAUAUUUUAGGCUGAAAGGACACACUCUGUUUUAUGCGAAAAAUGCCUCGAGUGUCUUAUUCGAUGAAAUCGAGCUCGCAAACCUAUGUGUGGCAGAAUGCAGUACUAAAAACGUGAACCACAGUUUCCAAGUGAUAACACCGAAUCGAUCUUUAGUACUUAUGGCUGAAACACGACCUGAAAUGGAGGACUGGCUGUCCGCCUUGAAAGCCGCCUCCAAUCGCCUCUACUACGAACAAGGAGUCCACGAUUUUUUAUCAGGAGAUCACCACUGGUAUGCGACGUCUCACGCUCGUCCGACUUACUGCAACGUGUGCCGCGACGCUCUCUCGGGCGUCACGUCGCACGGUCUCUCCUGCGAGGUCUGCAAAUGCAAAGUGCACAAGAGGUGCGCCGCCAAGGCGGUCAGCAACUGCAAAUGGACCACGCUCGCCAGCGUCGGGAAGGACAUUAUAGAGGACAAGGAUGGGAACAUUACAAUGCCUCAUCAAUGGAUGGAGGGAAAUCUUCCGGUUUCGGCCAAAUGUGCAGUCUGUGAUAAAACUUGCGGAUCAGUAUUAAGAUUACAGGAUUGGCGAUGCCUCUGGUGUCGUGCGACAGUUCAUACGGCUUGCAGACCCGCUCACAAAGUAAAGUGCCCCCUCGGCCCGAGUAAAGUGAGCGUCGUGCCGCCCACCGCUCUGCAUUCUGUGGGCUCCGAGGAGACAUGGGAGGCGACCAGACCGCAGGGUUGCUCGCCCCUAUUGGUUUUCGUCAAUUCCAAGUCGGGUGAUAACCAAGGUGUGAAGUUCUUGAGGCGUUUUAAGCAACUUCUGAAUCCUGCACAAGUAUUCGACCUAAUCGGUUCAGGUCCUGGUGUAGGUUUAAAUUUAUUUAGAAACUUUGACCAUUUUCGGAUACUGAUCUGCAGCGGUGAUGGAUCAGUAGGAUGGGUGCUUUCGGAAAUCGAUCGAUUAGAUCUUCUGAAACAAUGUCAAGUAGCAGUUCUGCCUCUGGGCACCGGCAACGAUCUUGCUCGUGUUCUGGGAUGGGGCGCCUCAUGUGAUGACGACGCACAUCUACCUCAAUUAUUAGAACGUUAUGAAAAAGCUGGGACAAAAAUGUUGGACAGGUGGAGCAUCAUGACAUUCGAACGUGACAUAGCUUUUCCCAAGAUUCCAAAUGGUGAUACAGUACCUUCUUCGAGUUGCGACACAACAGCCGACACGCCUUUGUCACCAGCCCUGGAGCAGUGUGAGGCUUGUGCCUUGUGGCACUUGCAAACCAUUCUGCAGGCAGAUGAUAGUGCAGCAAUUCAUGCUUCAGCAGAAUUGCUUCAAAGAACUGUCCAAGAAAUGUUGACGCGUGUCAGGGAAAUAAAUGCUGCGGAAGAAGAUGCUACGGAGAAGGAGCAGCUUGAAGUUAAGGCUGAUUUGCUUAAAACGAAGCUGGAUAUGCUGAUCGAGACUUUAAAUAAUGAAGAGGUUGGUUCUGUGAGUCUUUCAAAUACUACAAGAGGCGGUUCCGGAGAUGUUGAAAAAGGCGCCAUGGAUAAAAAAGAAAAAGAACACCUUAAUCUAACAGAGAGACGAGCUCGUUCCGAUAGUUUUAUAGAACGCGAAGCACUACAUUGCCGUGCAGAUAGUCUAAAACGAGCAAUGAGAAAUGUUAUGCAACACACGGAAAUUGAAACAUAUAGAAGUAGAUCGACUCAGCAAAAUUCAACAAAGACUACUAAAACUACAGACACCGGAACGACUCGCGGUCCCUCGACCAGUAGAUGCGGCAGCCCGACGCCUUACCCUCGGGCUAAUAGACAGGGUUCAAUAACGCCGACAACCCUCGCCUCCAACCUCCUGUCGGCCGAUGUAGUUCCUGCGCCCGGAGAACGUUUGACUUCUAUAUCGCCGCUGCCGGAUCAGCGUCGGGAUUCGAAUAUAUCGACCGGAUUCGAUCACCUCGUAGCCACAUUACCUGUGCCACAGGAAUUUGCGGACAGUAGACGGUCGUCAUACCAACAAAGCAUUCAAGAAAUGGAAGAAGCAGCCGCAGAACUCGUAAAAUUAUUUCCCUUAUGCUCAGCGACGCACCGCACAGAACAAACUACUACCAAUGAAAGUGAAUCCACUACUAUGACAGGCGAUUUGCCUUACGAUGAAAUGUCAUUUAAUUCCAAUACCCCCUCAAGUAUGCCCUCUCAGGAAAAAGAUGAUUCUAUUGCUACAGUUUGUACGUCAAAUAAACGCAAACUCGAACCUCCGCGAAUUACCGUAGAUGAUGCUAGUAAUUAUGAGAGCAAUGUUCUGGAAUCAGAAGCUAUGAUGAUAAGCGAUACUGAUUUGAUUAACAGAAGAGACUCUACAGCCAGCGACGUAUUAUCUGCUAUGAGCAAUGAAGAAUGCAGUGUGGGAUCCGACAUUUUAGAUAAAGCUUAUACAGCUCCUCAAAAUUCGGACGGAGAAGAUGCCAAUGGCCACAUAGGGCAUAUUGAUAGUCCAGAAACAUCAGAUACGACUUGUCAAAAUUCUGAAGCUCUGCAUGGUGAAUCUAUAGUGGAUGAUAUAAGCUCGGUGUUAGGACAAGAUUUAGUAGCUGCGAUUACUGCUGACCAAACGAUGACGGAAGAUUCGACAGUCUUCCGAAAAGAUUGCAGGACGAAUGGAAAAGUACAAGCUUCUGGAAUUGAUAACCGAAGUGAUGAACAGAAAAUCAAAUACUGUAGUUUGGCACAAUUUGAAGAAGGAAACGAUAUUGCAAGAAGAUCUUUUAAACGUCCUUCUUGUAAUAAUACUAAAAUAGUUAAAGUAAUGGAUGAAAAGGAUAUUUUAAAUGAGGAAUUAGAAGAAAUAGCGUCUCUAAAGCAAAGAAUUCAAGGAUCAAAAUCAGCAAAACAAAGUUAUCCUAGUGUCGUAGUUGAACCUCCUUCACCCAUAAUAAAAUCAGAUAUGCGAAUCGCUAGAGCGAGAAAAUCAAUAGGUUUUGAAGGAUGUGCGGAGAGCAGAAUGGAGAGUUUAGGUGUUAGAAAUGAUACACAACGUCAAAGAAGUAAUUCGGAUUAUAACCCUAAUUUGCUUAGACCAGAUGCCGAACAUAUGAAAUUUUUGGGUUGUUCACCUGCGGCCACUAGAAGAAUAUCGAGCGGAAGUUUAUUCAAGGGUAAUGAAGCAGCAGUGUUGGCAGCUUCAGUAACAAGUUUAUAUGCUGGGUCAUCUCUAGGUCUUGGUCUUGGAAUACCACAAUGUCAUAAAGAUGACAAAGAUGAACCAAAUAGACGUCUUCCUAUUAUAAAUCCAUUAGUUCAGUUACCUACAUGGCCUCAUGUUAGCAGUGGUAGCGGUUUCAUAUCAAAAUGUCUUCUAGCUAAUGCAGAUGCACUUUGUGCAGCGGUUAGUCCGCUCAUGGAUCCUGAUGAGACUUUGCUUGAAGGAUUUUAUGAAAGAUGUGUGAUGAACAACUACUUCGGAAUCGGUAUCGAUGCAAAAAUAUCACUUGAUUUCCAUCAUAAACGUGAAGAACAUCCUGAAAAGUGCAGAUCACGAGCAAAAAAUUAUAUGUGGUACGGAGUAUUGGGCAGCAAAGAAUGGCUGCAGAAGACUUACAAAAAUUUAGAACAGCGGGUCCAAUUGGAAUGCGAUGGUCAAAGAAUACCUUUACCUAGUUUACAAGGAAUUGUUAUUUUAAAUAUUUCUAGUUUUAUGGGUGGCACAAAUUUCUGGGGCGGUAAGAAGGAAGACGAUUGCUUUCUUGCGCCAAGUUUUGACGAUAAAAUUUUGGAAGUAGUUGCAGUUUUUGGAUCAGUACAAAUGGCUGCUUCUAGGUUGAUUAAUCUGCAACAUCAUCGCAUCGCACAAUGUCAAACAGUACAAAUUUCAAUUUUAGGUGACGAAGGGGUUCCGAUUCAAGUGGAUGGUGAAGCCUGGAUUCAACCUCCUGGUAUAAUUCGCAUAAUACACAAAAAUCGUAUGCAAAUGCUUUGUCGGAACAGAGCUCUUGAGACUUCAUUACGCACUUGGGAAGAAAAACAACGGAGAAAUUCAGUUUCACCUGCAGGAGAUCGCUCUAGAGACCACGGACCAUCUUCAACCACAUCUCAAGAUGAUGACAGAUCCUUCUCAUCUGUUCUUAUGUCGGAUAAGGAGAUGACUUUAUUAUUGAACUUCAUAGAAGUAGUGAGCACACUUGUAAAAUGGGUUAAAUUACUUAUCAUUAGCCAUCCAUCUCUUGAAGCAGAUUUAUAUUCAAUAGCGACUCGUUGUGGAACUUGUCUAGAAAAUCUGCAUCCUAACGGAAAAAUAUUAGAAGGAUUAGAACUGCGAAUGCAAUUAACUGAUCUGGUAUCAGCUGCUCGACAACUUUAUGAAGAAACGUGUAUUUUAUUGAGAGAUAAAGCGCAUCAUUUAAAACUUCGAGAAGAUUUGGAAUCAAAAUUGAGUGCAGCUUUAGCGAAUAUGGAUUCAGAACUUAGAAAAUGCACAAAAACUGAAUCACCCGAUGGUCCCGUUAUUCAUUUGCAUGCUGUAGAGGAGACUGAAAGAAAAAAUCAGCGUAAGGGUCUCUUCUGGAUGAAAUUCCGGUCUCCAGCUACUGGUGUCGGUGCUUCAACAUCGAGUUCUUCCACAACUUCUGUUUCCAAUUGGAGUGUCCAAGAAGUGGCUGCUUGGCUGGAGGCGAUGCAAAUGCACGAAUACGUCGAAAAUUUUGUAAAACACGAUGUCAGGGGUAGAGAACUGUUGACAUUGGCCAGGCGUGAUCUCAAAGAUUUGGGCAUCACUAAAGUGGGACACGUUAAGAGACUUCUGCAAGCUGUGAAGGAAUUAUCAAGUUAA